AGGGCCGUGAGGCUGCUGUCAGGGAGAAGACAAAGGCUGCUGUCAGGGAGAAGACAAAGUAGAGGGUGAUGAGAUGCUGGUGAUGACAGCAGUGACGCUGCUGCUGCCGUCACGGCCUCGUCCGACUGAGGUGGGAAAGCACGAGAGGGGCCGGGCUUGCCGGAUGGGGAUGACAGGACGUCGUUCCUUCCACAGUAUCCCAAUCUCACGCUGACCACCACCCACCCUGUCUUCCUCUCCCUUCCGUCAAUUAAUUAAACUUAAAACUUCCGGCCUCUUCCCUCCUCUUAGAUUAAAACUGCUGACGUGCUGGUCCAGCGUUGAUCUCGCUGAGAACAUGCACGCACGCAAAGCCGAAUAAAAUUAUUGCGGCUCUUCUUUCUCCUUCGCCGACUCUGCUUUGCUUUCUUCCCUGCUCUGCUGAUCUUUUCAAACCCUAGUACUUGACCCACAAAAUAUUUGGGGACCCGAGUCUUUUUUCGUUUGCCUUUUCUAUAAUUUUGAUUUUGCUUUUGAUUGUGUUAACUCUUGACGAGGAUCAGAUCUGGAGUAGUCUGAAGCUUAAGAGGCUGUCCAUUUGUGUUUUUUUCAAAUUACUUGUUUCGGUAAGGUGCAUGAAUCUCCUCCUGUUGGAGAAGUUGGUAGCUUCUUUCUGUUUUUUGGUCUUGUCUGAUUGGAUUUUUCAAACCUCAACCAACCCUCCCUUUGAUAAGAGAAAAGAGAGGAGAAAAAGUAAAAUUCCAGUUGUUGUGAAGUGGCCAUCUGAGAGCUUUGACUGCGGGGUUUACUUCGGUUUUGGGGAUGUGGGAGUUGAGAGCUGGCAGGGGAAAAAGGGUGGUGUUUUGUUUAAGGAGCAUCUCUCUCUCUCUCUCUCGCUCUCGUGGAAGGACGGUUUCGUUGGGAUUAUAGGGGUGAAAGCCAGAUUGGUCGCGAUUCCUUUUUGACAAUUUCUUCUGCAAUUGCUGAGGGUUUUCAGUUUGUUCCGGUUAUGUUUCUUGAUAUAAAGCAGAACUUGAACAUCUGUCUGGAGAUUACUAGCUUCUUGACCUUCAGUUCGGUUGUACAGCGGCAUCAAUCAAUGAUCUUUCACACGCAGCGUAAUCAUUCAGGAUCAGAGUCCAUCUGCACAAAGUUUAAAUUUGUGUUCAGUGAUUCGUACAUGAUCCUUCCGGCAAGAUCGUAUUGAUAAACCAGUGAUCUCUUUCCUUUCUGUUUUUUUGGUCUGAAUUACGUUGAUCUGGUUGAGAUUCUGAUCAGUGGAACCUCGCCACACUUACUUGGAAGUAGAAACUCUUCUUGGUCUAUCCCUCAGAACAAUUUAGGCUUCUGUAAAUGGACGAUGUAUCAGAACAUGGGAGUUCAUUGAAUUUUGCUUCAUCAUCCUAUGUAUCCAAUGGAAGUGGUAGCUAUAGCUUCUCUGUGUCCAGUACCUCUGAGCCGGGAACCCAAUUCACUUAUCCUCGCCUCCAUACUUCUAAUAUGGAGGUCAUCUCCUUGCACCGACUUAGCACCAAUUUGGAACGGCUCUUGCUGGAUUCUGAGUUCAAUUGCAGCGACGUUGAGAUAAAGGUUGAAGGAAUUGCUAUUGGAGCCCACAGAUGUAUUUUGGCCUCGAGGAGCCCAUUCUUUCAUCGCCGAUUCUGUCAGGACCGUUCCUCCUCACGGCAAGAGGGGAAACUGAAGUAUGACAUUAAGGAAUUGGUGCCUAACGGAAACGUUGGACAUGAUGCCUUCAUGAUCUUCUUGAAUUAUUUGUACACUGGCAGGCUUAAGCCAUCUCCCGCGGAGGUUUCCGCCUGUGUAGAUUCUUCCUGCAACCAUGAUGCUUGCCGUCCUGCCAUCAAUUUUGCAGUUGAGCUGGUGUAUGCAUCAUCAACCUUCGAGAUAAAGGAGAUGGUCUCGCUGUGGCAGAGGCACCUUUUCAACUUUGUUGAAAAAGCAUUCAUUGAGGAUGUGAUACCUAUUCUUCUUGCUGCUUGCUCCUGCAAACUCAGCCACCUCCUUACUAACUGUAUACAACGAAUUGCACGAUCCGAUCUUGACCAAUUAUCAAUGGAGAAGGAGCUUCCAUGUGAAGUGGUUGAUGAGAUUACAUCACUCCGUCGCAAGCUUCAGAUAGGGGGACCCGAAAAUCCUGCUAUAGAUCCUAUUCAAGAGAAGAACAUUAAGAGAAUACACAAGGCACUGGAUUCUGAUGAUGUAGAAUUGGUGGGGCUUCUCCUGAAGGAAGGAAAUACAACACUUGAUGAUGCACAUGCUCUUCAUUAUGCAGCAGCUUACUGUGACUCUAAGAUUGUUGCUGAAUUGCUGGACCUCAAGCUUGCUGAUGUGAAUUUGAGAAAUAGGAGAGGGUAUACAGUAAUUCAUGUUGCUGCAAGGCGCAGGGAGCCUGCUAUUUUAGUAUCAUUGUUAACAAAAGGUGCUUGUGCAUCAGCAAUUACAAAUGAUGGAAGGACGGCAGUGCAGAUCUGUCAGCAGCUGACUAGGGCAAAGGAUUAUUUUGCUCGAACAGAACAAGGGAAGGAGUCAAACAAAGACCGGAUAUGUAUUGACAUUCUUAAACGAGAGGAGGGACGAAGCCCACUCAUAGGUGAUUCAACUGCUUCCUUGAUGGAAUCUGCUGAAGACUUCCACUUGAAGCUGCUCCACUUAGAGGACAGAGUUGCAUUUGCAAGGCUACUUUUUCCUGCCGAGGCUAAGCUGGCUAUGGAAAUAGCACAAACAGAGACCACAUCAGAAUUUGCUGGUCUUUCUGCAAAUAAAAGAUCUGGAAAUUUAAGACAGGUUGACCUGAAUGAAACUCCUUCAAUGGCGGACAGAAAGCUCCAAUCUAGAAUGAGUGCACUGCUAAAAACUGUUGAGCUGGGGAGGCGUUAUUUUCCACACUGCUCCCAAGUCUUGGACAAAUUUAUGGAGGAUGACCUGCCAGACCUCUUUUAUCUUGAGAGAGGCACACCAGAUGAGCAGAAGAUAAAACGCCAGCGUUUUAGUGAGCUCAAGGACGACGUAAUAAAAGCUUUCUCCAAGGACAAGGCAGGAUCUGGAUUAGCUUCCUCAUCUUCCUCGUCUUCCUCCAUGAAAGAUGGUGUGAAGCGAGGUACAAGAAAAUAACUUAUUGUAUGUUGUUUGUUGUACAAGUAGAUAUCGAUCUAGCAGCCUGUACAAUUUCUUCAAACCAUGUAUGUCUACCACCAGAUACUGUGUCAGUCUUCCUGAUAGAGUUAAUCUGUUAUGUGGAAGGCUCGCUCUGAAACAUCGUUUUUGUUGUAUAAUCGAGCAUGGCACUUUUGUACACAAUUCGUAGUAAAAAAAAGAAUGGCACAGUUUGAAUGCC